CGAGACGGUUACUUUCUUCCAUAAAUGAAACACUGCGCCAACACGACGUAAAAAUUAUUUAGGCAAAUAUUUGUUCCAGUGCAUCCUUUUCAAAAGGCAUCGGUGUACACCGCAGAAUUUUAGAUGGAUAGGCAGAGUGAUUGCGCGCUUGGCUUGGCCUGGCUUGGACAAGCGAUUUGGGCGGUAUGGCAAAGGCAGCGCGCACAAAUUAUGUGAUUUUGUGCUGAGCACGCAAAAUGACACAAUCGCUUGUGUGAGCAAAUCUGCAUUGCGUGACUGUUGAUCCUCAUCGAUUUCGCCGGCACAAUGAGAACUUAUAUAAAAACCAGCCGUUAAUCCUUUCAACAUUACCCUUUCAUCUCCUCCAAUGUCGACUCUCUUCUCCGUAUUCGAGCGUAACAACAACAACAACACAGCUGUCAUAAUCCCUUCGUCAGCUCCCACCCCCGUCCACCUUACAUUCAAACAAUUACUGCAAGUCAUUGCGGAUUUCUCGGGAAAACUUGCCGCCGUACUUCCUGCUUCCACUUUCAAGCCUGGCCAUGCUAUUUCCAUUGCUUAUCCAAACUCACUCGAGUUCAUUAUUGCUUUCUUGGCUACUGGAUACAUGAGAUUGGUCUCUGCUCCCCUCAAUGCCGCUUACACCGAAGAUGAAUUCAAGUUUUAUCUUGAAGAUUCUCAGUCUCACGCUAUCAUUGUUCCGAAGGGUUCAACUCAAAGCAACAGCCCCGUUGUUCGGGCUGCAAAGUCUUUUGGAGUUGCUGUCGUAGAGAUCGAGUGGGCUAACAAUCAGAUCCAAGUCGAGCUGACCGUGCCUGGAAAGGAUAAAUCCAAAGGAGGAUUCAACCCUAGUAAAGUCCGCCCACAACCCGACGAUGUGGCUCUUUUGCUACACACCAGCGGCACAACUGGCCGACCCAAGGGUGUGCCUCUCACCCAUCUGAACAUUGCUACCACCAUGCAGAACAUCAUCAACACAUAUAAGCUUACGCCUGCAGAUCGUACCUAUUUGGUCAUGCCAUUGUUCCACGUUCAUGGCUUGAUUUGUGGUUUGCUUGCUACGUUGUUAUCGGGUGGAAGUGCAGUCGUUCCUCAAAAGUUCUCGGCUGGUGUCUUCUGGAAGGACUUUAUUGAAAACAAGUGUAACUGGUACACAGCUGUCCCCACUAUGCAUCAAAUCCUUUUGCUCCAUCCUCCCAAGGAAAUCCCCAACAUUCGAUUUAUCCGAUCAUGCUCCUCUAGUUUGGCCCCUCCCACAUUCCAUGCCUUGGAAGAAACCUUCAAGGCCCCCGUUUUGGAAGCCUAUGCCAUGACUGAAGCUGCCCAUCAAAUGACUUCCAACCCCCUCCCUCCUGCCGCCCAUAAGCCUGGCUCCGUUGGUCUUGGCCAAGGUGUUGAGAUUGCUAUUUUGGAUAGCAAUGGCAAGCAUGUUGCGGAAGGUGAAGUGUGCAUUAAGGGAGCCAAUGUGACCAAGGGUUAUCUCAACAACCCUCAGGCCAACCAGAGUUCUUUUACUGCUGAUGGUUGGUUCCGCACUGGUGAUCAAGGAAAGAAGGACAAAGACGGAUACCUUAUUUUGACCGGACGCAUUAAGGAGCUCAUCAACCGCGGAGGAGAAAAGAUCUCUCCCUUGGAAAUCGAUGGUGUCUUGCUUGCCUUCCCCAAGGCAGCUGAGGCCAUCUGUUUUGGUGUCGACGACGAAAUGUAUGGACAAGAAGUCCAUGCUGCGGUUGUUCUCAAGAAAGCCAAUGAGAAUGAAGAUCCCAAGAAAAUCGAAAAGGAGAUGCAAGAGUUCGCAUCUGCUAAGCUGGCUAAAUUCAAAAUCCCCAAGCGAAUUUAUGUUGUUAAGGAAAUGCAGAAGACUGCUACUGGCAAGGUGUCUCGAGUCAAGAUGAGCGAAGCUGCCAACAAGCAGAAAAACUCUCCCAAGGCCAAAUUGUAAAAAUAUUUAGCAUUCGUUGUAGUUUGCAUUGAAACAUUAUGUGCUGUUCUGUAAGCAGAUUAGCCUUAAGCACACUAGUAAACGGGUUAGAUACCCUGGCGAUAGCAAAGAUAAAAGCAACUGUACAC